AUAACAACAAUUUGUUGUGUGUUUACAAUUUUUAUUAAAACAGCCGCUAAACUAAGUUGUGGUGUACGAAACUAUGCAAUAAUAUGGAAGUGCCACUAUCGGAUUUCAACUUGCUGGACCUGGAUCGGGAGCUUAAUGCGCGCGCCUUGAGCAUCGAAGGAUCCAAAGUGGAGCGCUAUGAGCGUUUGAACCAGGCACGCAUAAAAGAACCGGAGAAUAUAUACCGGCCCGAAGUGCCGGAAAUAAGCAAGUAUGGAGCAACCGUGCACAUGGAGGACUUCACAGAAGUGCAGAAUUUUACGCAGCCCGAGUGUACCCGCUUGACAUCAAAAGUGCAUUGGAGAUUGAAUAAUGUGCGUCGCACUGAAGAUGGCGAAGGCUUGGAAUACUUUUACCCAGAUGUGCUCAGCAGCGUGGAACACUCAAAAACGUAUAUGCUGAAUAUGGAUGAGUUUCUGGUGCGCCAAGAACCUUAUGUGAUGAAGAUGUUUGUCAUAUUCUCAAAGCGCACAACUGGUGAGGAGCAGACGUUGUGCUAUGCUAGAUGCCUUUCGGCGCCACGUAGCUGGGAUGAGAAUACAGAAGAGUUUGAGUUUCCACUGGUCACAAAUGACAGCAUAGCCAAUGAGGAUGUGGACAUAGGCAUACUGCAGACUACACUCAUGACACCCGCAAAUAUAGCCAAAGCUUUGGGUUACAUACUCAUAGAGCUGAGUAACAAAGCUAUAGACAACUAUGUGACCAUUGUAAGCGAUCAUGGUCGGUUCAACAUGCCCGAAGUAGUGCCACUGAUUGAUAAAAACUUGCACAUACCACACUUGCUCUACGACAUACACGAUCUGCAGCGCAGUCUCCAAAACAUGUUCAGCACCGACUGCGUGCGCUGCUCCAUGCGUGUAGCCCACGAGUUGUUUGAUCGCCUCAGCUAUGAGAAGCGGCUGCGCAAGAUUUGCAAUAGCAAGCUUAGCAAAAACCCGGAGGCCGAGUCACUGCUCAUGGAAUAUGUAAACAAAGUGCCGCUCGUUAUGCGUGCCAUGUGGAAGUUCAAGGAGCAUCGGGAGAAGUGCAUCUCGCUGCUGAACUUGAAUAACAAACUGGCCAAACUGUAUGGCGCACAUGUGCAAAGCCAGCUGCCGCCCAUAACAUAUGACGACUGCCAGGCGGGCGCAGGACUAUUGCAAUUGAUGGUCUUCGAUGCGUUAUGGAAUUUAACGGUGGAGCGUGAGCCCAUCGUAAGAUUGAAAGAGGUUACACAGGCGCAGCAGCAACAGCGAUUAUUAACCACAAACCGUUCAUUAAAUUUUAACUUAAUUGCUUAGUUGCAAUGAAAAUCA